AUGGUCUUCUACAUCACUUUGGCGGUUGCGGAGCAUCUGUCACAGCUCUGGCCGCUGCUGCUACUUGCGUUCGCAUCCAUAGCCGUUUGCCACCUGGCAGCACGAAAAUGCGCUGCUCUUGGCUCAAGCGCUGCCAAAUGCGCCGCACUGAACUCCAGCACUGCGAAAUCUGGCAAUUCUAGCUGCGGUACUUUAACAACAGGGACUGGCUGUGCUGCUGUCGCGGACACAAAAAUCACUGCUAGUAAAAAUCAGCUUAAAACACAAUAUAGUGAUGUUAUCAGCAGUAGCAAUGGCGAGUACUUUUUUUCUGCUCCCAGGAAAUCUUCGUGCUUUGAAUUUACUCAUCCACCCGUCAUUGUUAUCAACACCUCUUUUGGUCGUAAUUUGCUGAACAAGAAAGAAGCGCCACCGAGUACUAUAAAAGAGUCGUCCGAAUCGUCGCAGACAAUUGACGAUCAGGAUUCCGAUAAAGGUACCUAUGUUAUCAGUUAA